AACGUUCGAUGUUCAACCUUAGACCAACGAUCUCGCAUGAACUUUCUCAACCACAGAAACUACAAGAAUCCAUCACAUGGCUUCGAGAAUUGAAAUUUUUAAUGAUGGUGGUUUUCGCUCGGAUGGAAGGCGACAAUAUGAACUUCGUGAUAUAUCUAUCGAUCUCUCUAACCAUGGUUCAGCAGACGGUUCUGUUACGAUACGCCAGGGACUCACCCAUGUUCUAGUGUCAGUUUUUGGACCACAUGAAGCGAGGGUAAGGUCACAGACCUUACAUGACCGAGCGAAUCUUAACGUAGAGGUCAACGUCUCGGCCUUCAGUGCGGGAGAACGUAGAAAACGCUCUAGAGCAGAUAAACGUCUGCUGGAACUGGCUGCAACGAUACGGUCCACCUUUGAGCCCGUAAUUCAGACUCAUCUAUAUCCUCGUUCACAAAUCGAUGUAUUUGUUCAAGUCAUACAGCAGGAUGGUGGUUUAUUACAAACAUGUAUCAAUGGCACCACGCUUGCUCUUGCACACGCGGGGAUACCUCUCUUCGACUUUGUUUGUGCAGUCACAGGAGGAGUACAUUCCUCAUCUCCCAUGUUGGACCUUACUACCUUGGAAGAGAACGACAUUCCAAAUUUUACGGUAGCCAUAAUGCCCAAGUCCAAUCGAGUAACCUUGGUGGCUAUGGAAACACGGUUACAUAUCGACAGAUUUGAGGAGUUGUUUUUAUUGGCAGUUGACGCUGGCAAUAUCAUACACAAAGAAAUGAAAAUCGCUUUGCAAGCAAGAACGAAUGAUUUGGCUACAACACUUCGACAGGGAUCGAAGGCUAUGGGCGGCUUUGGGGAAAGGGGGGCGGGAAUUGAGCACAUGGAUGAAACAUAA